CACACACAGAUCCUCCUACCUGCUGAUUAGUUAGCGACCUGCUCGGAAAUGGGGAACAGCAAACCUCCAACACUCCUCUCACUUAUCGGUAAGUUUAUGCUCAAUAUACUGACAAGAAUGACAUUUAUAAAGAGUUUGUUGGCCUGUUAUUUUCUUUUACUUUAUCUAAAGUUACUGUGUUUUUUUAAUAAGCUCGUAAUGAAGUAACUGAGUAGUAGCCUAGCACGUUCCUUACGUAGAUGUACUCAGUGUUCUUGGAGGCCCACUUCAUGUUGGCACAGUUUUCACUCAUACUCCCAACAUUUAAGAGCUAACUACUGCACUUUUUACGACAUUUUCUCCUUUUAUAUAUUUAUUUUGUAGAUUAAAUCCUGUCAUAGCCUUGUAGCACUGUGAAAACCACCGUUUAAAAUGCAGUGAAACCACAACAUUAAAAAGGUCCAAUAUUAAUGUGAAAUAAACACACCAAUUGUAGCAGUCAUGAUUUUGCAAAACAGCAGUGGUGUUUUUACUUUUAAAGGUAUAGAAAUAUAUAAGCUUAUAUGACCUUAAUACACUUUUAUUAGGUCUUAGAGGUGUUUUAAAUGUGCAGCUAACUCUUCCACUUGCAUUUUUAAAGAUCCAUUUAUUAAUAACUACAUUAGCUCAAGUUUGUGACAUGAUAAAGGAAACCACAUUUACUCCUUAAUCAUAUCACUAAACAUUUAGGGGCCAUGCAUCCAAAAUGUUCCUCAAGUGAUAAAACAUACGUGAACCUUCAAGUCUUAUUUUUAUAAAAAAAAAAAAAAGUCUAAUUUUUAUGAAAAGUAUAAAGAUGAUUCUUAUUGAUGCACGCUGAGGAGGUGGUAGGUUGGGAAACAGUGGCACAUAGUUUAUGAGGUGACGCACAAGCUGCUGUGAGCCUGAGGGAUGCUGCAGGAUGUUGGCAAAUGAGACACGAUUGUAAGAUUUACUGUUUGAAAAGUGAAUGCGGUCCAUAUAAAUCUGUCAUUUUCUGGUUGUUAGGGUUUAUGACCUUAAACUAAACAAAGAGACAUUUUAGUUUUCCCUAGACUAAACAGACCACAACCAAGUGAUGGAGGAAGUUAUCAGAUCUUUUAUUUCAGGGAAUCUUCCAUUUUUAUAGCCUUAGUAGCUGUUGUGUAACUGUGUCCAUAAUUUUCAUUCAGUUAAUUUAGUCACUACAACAGUGUGGAGGCACUUUUAGCAGCUUUUGCAGACUGAAACACACUUCUUUAAAAAAGAAUCACUGUUAAACUUAAAAUUUCUGCAAAUGUUCUUAACAUGCUAAUUUGUCAACCAUGCUGACAAACAUACAACACAGGUGGGGUUAAAGAAAAUAAUUCAUUAUAAUUUUCCCUCUUUAAAUUGUCACAAGGUUUGAAACGUGUUGAAUUCCUUCAAAAAAUGAUCAGAUUCUGUGGAGGACUUGGAGAACUUGGCUUUACUUAAUGUAUGUCAAACUUACCAAUGAAAAUAUAAGGUUUAAUUAUGUUAAUUCAGGUUCAAAGCUCCUGUAUGGAACUUCCGAUUUGCCAACUCUUGCGCCUUCUGUGAACAAAGCAGUCUUUGCCUAUCUCGUCAUUUUUAAUCUAAGUCGUGUUUUCUGACAAAAUUCUCACCCUGUUAGUCAAAUGUUUCAUUAAUUGUUCACAUUUUGUUGGGAAAAGGAAAAACAGGGCUGUCUCUUCAGCUACAAGGCUGGUACCUACCCUCAGUUGUGUUGCUGAUGGUCUCAUUUGAUUUUGGAAACCAUAAAAAAGCAACAAUAAGAAAUUCUGUCUAUUUCAUUAAUGUCCAAAAACUCCUUACUGGAGCUUUAUUGAGGAUAUCUUUGGGGGUAAUUGAUACAGAGGGGUACUUCUGUUGUAAAUGAAAGUAAAUGCUGUGGUUGAGCUCAGGUCUCUCUUACAUAAGAUGAUACACCUUCAGAGAGGUCUAGUUAUUAGUUCAGAUCCCAGUGUUAUUCCUGUCAGAGUUUUUAUGAUAUGAGAAGAUUGGUAUCAGGAGUGAGUCAGAGGGUAAUCGGCUGCUUAAACAGUUAUUAAUGAGUGAAAUGAUACAACAGUUCGUCACCACUUCCAGCUCACUCUGUACUUUAGACCAAUCAUUCCCAUCAGAAACACCCAACAACCAGCCAGAGUCCUCUGACGGAAACCACUGAGCAAAAUAUCUCUGCAGCCAUAACAACAGAGAGAAAGUGAGGGAGAACGGAUGGACAGGGUUUAAUGGUGAGAUUCACAACCAGUCACAACCAGACACAUCAUGCACACAGGUUCCUGUGCUUUCUGUCCUCCCUGCAGGAAUGUGGGCGUCUGCAAACUUUGCACAUUACACAGUUGAGCAGGCCGGUACAAGCAUGUGGGCCAGGCUACAUAUCACACCCUGUACUGGUGAAUUUUAGCCCAAAAACCUGCUGAAAAUCGAACAUUUCCUGGUGAAAUGUUUUAUUCUCUCAUAUUUAUGGACUGAAACGCUCCUAAAUGCUACUGUGGAGUCUCAUCUUACCACAGUCAACAACAACAACAACAAAAAAAACAGUGAGGACUGAGAUGACAGUCCUCGCCAGGGUACAGUAUCACGUCAUAAAUGUGUGUACCGGAGAGGUGUCAAAGACAAAGCUGUCCUUAUUGACCAAGAGCAGCAGAGGAAUGAGGUCAAAGUGUUCAUGUGUAUGAAGAUUUUCCUCAUUCAAAUAAAAACACAACAAUAAAAAAGGAUUUUCAUUUAGUUUUCCAAAAACAAAGUAUUUUUAGACACAUUUAAGUUCUUCCAUAAAACUUUAAAAAAAAUUUCUUCAUAAUAAUCCCGUUUUAGUAAAAUAUUAGAUAAUUUGACCUUUCAAGACCCUUAUAGAGUAUGACAAUAUCAGAGGGGACCUCCCUUUUUUACUACUGAUAACGACUCCUAUACACAGUGACUAUGAUAGAAGCCAUAGGUUUAUGAAUAACAAUAAGAAUAACUUUAUUUUAUCCCUGAAGGGACAUUCAAUUGUCUGUAGUUUCAGUUGUCAUGUGUCAAAAAGUAAUCUACUAUUUACAGAAGAGUUGUGAAGUUGGAUUGCUGUGGGUACAAAAGAUCUUCUGAAUCUUUCUGUCCUGCAGCGAAAAGAAAGAGAGGAGGACACAGUGCAAAAUAGUUUAAAUCACAAGGAUUGUCCAAGUCAUGUAUCAAUAAAUAAGUUUAGAUAGUACAAUUAAAGGAAAGAAGACGUAAAACGAGGCUGUUUAAACUCGAAGUGUUUGCGAAACUUAAAAAAAAUCUCUGUCUCUUUAACAAAGUCUUAAUCCUAGAUGUAUUUUGUUCAACAGGUGUCAUGCUGCUCUGGCCGUACGUCCUCACCAAGAGCGUCUCAUCAAGACUUGAAUUUGAGGACAGCGCAACUCUCUCUGCAGGUAUCUAAUCAACAGCUGCCAUGACUUCAUGAUUUCAGCCUGUAGUAUCAAAGUUUUUGAUAAGAGUGAAAUUAAAGGAGCUUUUUAAUUUGGUUUGGUAAAUUGAAAUAUUAGAAGGAAACUAUUUCUAUGAAAACAGAACAAUAACAUAAGUAAGUAAGUCGACUUUGACAGCUGCGUCCAAGCAAAGUAAAACUGCCCCGGUUCUUUCACUGAGUCAAUUUGUUAGAAACAAGAUAAAGUUGAAUUUUCUGCACCAUGAAAAUGUUGCUUAAGUAAAAUCUUGAGUCUCAGAUUUGCAGAAACAUGAGAAUUUAUAAAAAUGUAUUUGAUUGUAUUUAUUUUAAAGCAUCCCACACACUGAUAGUUUCCCCUGUCAAGUUCCUAACACUGCCUCUUUAUCUCAGGUCAGGGAGAAGAGCGCCCUCAUGUGGUCAAACGGUCAACACAGAACUGCGACAGCACAUUCGACACGUACUGUCUGAACAACGGCAAAUGCAUGCUGCUGGUGGACAUCAAUGAACACCACUGCAAGUAAGAUCCUGCAUGUGUGUGUGUGUGUGUGAGAGAGUGUGAGUGUGUGUCUGCUGCAGUGAAUCAUGUGUGUCAUCAUCUCGGGGUGAUUCGUCUCACUGGGUUGCAGGUGUGACAACGGCUUCUACGGGCCCAGGUGUGGGAAGCUGGAGCUGGUGGUUCAGCCAAUGGGAGAGGAGCAGAUCGUCCUGACUGUGUUCUGUGUGAGUCUGCUGAUGAUCGGUCUGGCUGGAGCGCUGUACUUCUGCUGCAAAUGGUACGACUCUAGACUCUGCGUGUGUGUGUGUUUGCUGUUGUGUCACCCAGCUGAUUUGUGUUGGUCUGUGCUUGUUGAAUGAAUAAUUCCUACUCUGUUUUGUUUUCUCAGGUAUAAGAAAAACAAAUUCUCACGUCCCCAGAAGCGGCAGGGCUACAAAGGAGUCCAGUCUGCCUAGACUCUCACUCACUCACUUCUACAACAUUUCACCUGGAUGUUUGUUUAUGACAAAUUCAACACAAAAGUUCUGGACGAGGUUGCUCUCUGAGGCCGGUUAAAGCUGAAGUGUCUUCAUUUCUUUGCUGCAAAUUGAUGUGAGAAAUUCUUCAGAGAGCUUAUUUCCAUGUUUCAGAUCUGACAUCUUUUAUAGUUUCAAAUUUAUACCUGACAUUUCUGCCCAGUCAACCUUUUACAAGCACUUAGAGUCACUUUUGUAGCAAUUCUGCAGAUAUAGAAUAUAGUGUAAACAUUAUUUUAGCAAUUGAGCUUGUCUGUUUUAUUGUUUGCAAAGUUAUUUAGUCAUCAAAUUUGUCUCUUUUAAUUUAUUGAUAAUGUGUGCGCUGAGUUCUCUGUUACUCCUGCAACUUGAAUUUUUCCCUCCUGUAUAAAUUUUUUUUAUUUUACUACGUGGGAUAUAAAGUUUUGUGUCCCCAAAAGAAAAGUG